CAGCCUUCAGCCCACAGCCUGGCGAGGAGGAUUCUAAAUUCCCAAGAAAUUUGAGGAGGAAAAGGGGAUGGGAACAGAGAAAGGGGAAGAAGAAGAAAAACCCUGAAGGGAAAGGAAAGAAGAGGACACGUAAUUCUCCUGUUCUUAAGGCAACAGGAGGAGAAGAGGAAAGGGGACGUGAGAUAGGAGAGAGCAGAAGCUCCGGCCAGGACUGACAGGGGGCAGCCCUGAGGAGGCGGGGGAAACGGAGGAGGCGGGAAGCGAUGGCGCCGCCUCCCGCCGCUCUCCCGCGCCUGGCCGGAGGCUGGGCGAGGAAGGCGGGAGGGCGAUGCUGCUCUGGCCGGGCCGCUGACCGCGGUGCUGGCGCGGAGGGGGACGGAGAAGGAGGAGGCCCCGCAGGAUGGGCUGCGGCGGGAGCCGAGCCGAUGCCAUCGAGCCGCGCUACUACGAGAGCUGGACGAGGGAGACCGAGUCCACCUGGCUGACCAACACAGACGCCGAGCCCCAGCAGCCGCUUCCCGCCGCCGCCGCCGCCACUGGCCCGGAGGGCGGCCACGCCGAGGCUGGCCUGAGGGAACCCGGAAUUCUGGAGGACAGCAAAGCAACUCAGACUUGUACCGGAAAGUCCUCAGCUGCAAGUGGAAUAGGUAGUACUGAAAAGAGAGCUCACUGUGGUACACAAUGUACAAAACUGACAGUUCACCCCAUGGGAACUUCAGCACACAAACAACAAAAUGGCUUUAGAACCACAGAGGCUAAAUGGGACAACAAGAAAAACGUCACAAAAGAAGUCGCUAUUAACGCCACCAAAACAAUAAGACAAAUUAGUAACAGAAGAAUUACAAAGAACUGUGUCAAUUAAAAGAGCCAAAGGAGAAGAUGACUGAAUUCUGCAAUAUUUUGCUGCACUUUAACUGAUAACUUAAUGUGAAGAUCUCAAGAUGUUUUAUUUUUCAUGCUGAAUGUAGUGGACAUCUGCUGCUGAGUGCCUUUGGAAAAACCGCUAUCCUUGCUCUAAACUGCUGCCAGCAAUGGACGCUUUUUGUUCUAUAUUGCCAUACUGGUGAGGCUGGGCCAGCAAUUAGAACAUAAUGUGUUUGGAUUUUAUACAUUGCCAUUUAAGUAAUUAAUAUCACAUAAAAAUGUAUACCAAAAUAUUUCAGGAACACUCAAUCCCUCAUAAAUUGCACCUGACACAUCUGUUUUUAGGUACAUGUGUGAGUAUCUGGAGGCGGUUGGAGGAUGGAUGGCGGCUAACAGAUUGAGGUUGAAUCCUGACAAGACAGAAGUACUGUUUUUGGAGGACAGGA